AUGGCUGUAGCCGCGACCCCGAGGAGGUGCCCGCUGCCGCGUCUCCCCCGUCUCCUUGAACUCCCCUUCCGAACGCGGAGGCCAGCUAGCGUCUGCGCAUGCGUAACGGCGGCGGCACGCAGGCGCACUGCUUUGCCCAACCACAAGCCACGGAGCCUGCGCAAAGCCGGGAAGGUCCCAUUCCCUAGGGGGCGGGGCUUCUUCUCGGCCCCGCCCAUCCCUCCUGGUUGUCAUGGUGAGGCAGGAUGCGCUGAGUCUCAGGUGUCCCAAAGACUGGAAGCUAGAGGCAGGCGCCAUGGAGUACACGGGGAGCCAAUAUAUUGGGGAAUUUGUAGAUGGCAGGGCACGUACACCUUCUCAGACGGCCUGCAGUAUGACACUGAGAACUGGCAUUACUGUGACAGCUACGAUCGGAGGUUUUACACCGAGAUCUGCUACGGCUUGAAGCCUGCAGGUAUCUCUCAACUCACCAAUAUGGACCCACCUAGAAAGAUCCCUCCAGGCUGUUACGACUGCGGAGACGGCUUCUAUAACCCGAACACGAGGAUAGUCAAGGACUAUAAUUAUCGCUUUCUGAGAAAUGCAGAUGACGACGAGCACGAGUGGAUCGUCCGGACGUGUCGGAAGGGCUGGGACGAGACCAUGGGCCCUGAGCCCAAGUCGUGAGUGCUGUCACCUCUCCAUCACAGGCUUCCUUCUGUGCGCCCAGC